CGGCGGCGGCGUUAGCAGCUCGGCAGCAGAGCCAGCAGCCUCGGCAGCCGAGCCGCGGCGUGAGGGGGCUGCGUGUUUCCGGAAGACGUGGCGGCUGCUGAUGCUGGUGCUCCCGAGGCGGCGCCUGCCUUCCUCCUCCGGCUCCCCCGUCAGAGAGUUCGAGCCGCGCGCUCGGCGCUGUCCUCGCCGUCACCAUGAUUUCCCUCACGGACACGCAGAAAAUUGGAAUGGGGCUUACGGGUUUUGGAGUGUUUUUCCUUUUCUUUGGAAUGAUUCUGUUUUUUGACAAAGCACUUCUGGCUAUUGGAAAUGUUUUAUUUGUGGCUGGCCUGGCUUUUGUGAUUGGUUUAGAAAGGACAUUCAGAUUCUUCUUCCAGAAACACAAAAUGAAAGCCACAGGCUUCUUUCUGGGUGGUGUACUUAUUGUCCUUAUUGGUUGGCCUCUCAUAGGAAUGGUCUUUGAAAUUUAUGGCUUCUUCCUCUUAUUCAGGGGCUUUUUCCCUGUGGUGGUUGGUUUUAUUAGAAGAGUUCCUGUUCUUGGAUAUCUCUUGAAUUUACCUGGUAUAAGUUCACUUGUAGAUAAAGCCGGAGAAAGCAACAACAUGGUAUAAUGGCAAGUGUGGUGAAGACUGGUUCUAAACUUGUUAUUUAUAAGGUCUUGAAGAAAAGAUCAGCACAAAGAUUCUGUUGUAUACAAAGGCAAAGUUUGUAAUGGUUUUGGCGUAAGUUUUAAUUUACAAUGUAGUAAAUUUACAAAAUACAUCUGCAAAAUACAGCAAAGAAAAAUGGAGCAAGUGUGCACCCAAGACUUGCAGCACCAGGAAUCCUGUGAACUAAAUUGAAGAAAAGGUCAUGGGAAAAUUCAAGGUAUUAAGACUUAAAGCUUUUGGAGUAUGAGUUAAAUGCAGCAAAUCCCCCAUGGACAUAACAGUGCCUGUAACUUUUACCUCCUGCUUUUGAAAGUGUAAAGUCAAUUUGUAGGGCAUGACCAUUCUUUUCCCACCUGCCAGAUUUUCUGCUUCCUUCCCUGUCUUGGAAGAAAGUGACUCUUCAGGUUUUUUUUUCUCCUGCUGCUGAAAGUAAGGAAUACCCUUAGAUAUGAUGCCCAUGGCGCUUAAGAUGGAUUUCCAUCUUUAACAGUUCACAGUAGGAAAGGAUUUCACUACGCUGAUUUGCUGUAGAGAUCUUUUUGUCAUUAUAUGGCUGAACUAAAACUUCGUAAGAAAACGUUCAAAGCCAAAUGUAAAUUCUGAUUAGAUGUGACUUUACCUUUGAAUAUGCAAAAGGACCAUCUCCCAUCAAUCUCUCCUUCUCCCAUAAGCUAGUCUUAAAACAAUCCUGGUUUUGAUAUCUGUAUUGGAGUAACCAAUUUUACACUUCUUUUUGGCUGGCGCUUUAGAUUCACGUUACAUGUAUGCUUGGAAACAGGAUGCGUGCAUCAUGUUAAACUCCUGAAAUGACUUGCUUUGUUUCAAAGUGCUCAAACAGUUUGGGAAAUCUUGCCAACCUUUUGAAAAGGCACUCCAGUCCUGGAAAGUUGCUGCUCUUUUUGCAGUUGCCACAAUGCCCGUGCAGCAUGUAACAUGUUUUGUACAUUGGCAACGUGCCCAGGAUGCCAUGCAGGCAUUAGGAUUUGGGCACUGAAUUGAGGUAUCUUAUCCUUAUUCUAGGACAGCAUGUUACAAAGCUAAUUUAUUGUGUAAAUAACUUUUUUUCUAAUAACAAGAUGAAAAUAUUAAGUCAGUUGUGUUCUGGGAAGUCUUGGAAAAUUGUAUUUUAGUAGUCAUGAUCAAGUGCCACAUCUAAACACACAUUUUAUCUAUGUGGCUUAAUUAUCCUAAUGAUUAGAGAGGGUGCAGAUUUUAUCCAAUGAUGAGUUUCAGAGCCACCUUGAGCAUUCCAUUCAUGUGACAAAGACGUAUGAGUGACCUGAGCAAGGACAGAACUCUUACUUAAGAAAAUGCCACUUCUGGGAAACGUCUCAAGCUGCAUAUUAAUGUAAGACUAGCCUGUUUGUUUCUGAAUACCUCAUGUAAGCCCUCAACAAAACAGGUAGAUUAACAUUUAUAAUCGGACCUACUGUAUGAACAUUUUCUAUUAAGCAAGCUGUUUUCUGAACACUAGUAUAAGCUGCUCAUGUGUCUCUGAAUGCCUGAUAGAAGACAUCUAAUAAAUGGCACCUUUUUAGGGGAGGCGAGCCAGUUUUAAAAGCUUUGAAAAUAAUUUUUGAAUUACUGCAUCUGGUUGCAAGAGUUACCUUUUGCCUAAGUUUUCACAUUCCUUGUGGAAAGAAAAAAUGCCUCUUAAGGAACAAAACUAAUUUUUCUUUUACAAAAAGGAUUAAAAUUGGUUAUCUUCAGUCCUGAAGCCAUGUGUGAAUCUUAUUUUUCCUCACUGUGACACACUUUGCUGCCCAGAAGAUGUAGAAAAGGAUGCAGGGCUCUGGCUGCAAUCCUAAAAUUAAAAGUGUAAAAAAAGAAAAGAAAAAAAAGAGGAAAUCCUAUUGAGUUGAGUGGACAUGCCUGUGAAGUAAACACUGGGCACUUCUGGUGUACAUUUGCCAAUUCCCACAUGAAGUUUGAACUGCACAGGAGUGCUUUUGUGAGACAUUUCCAUAACUUUUAUCGACUGACUCAUGUUACAUGUUCCAAGCAUCUUGCUUGAGCAAUGCACAUAUCAUUCCCAGAGCUGAAAUGGGCCUCUUCAGAUGAUGCUGUAUCUUUGCGAAUCUACCUAGAAGGAGAUCGGGAGCCCCCAUGCCACUCAUCACAAGCAGAAUGACCUGGGAGGCCCAUCUAAGUUCCCGAUUCUGCAACGCAUUUCCCGGCUAGGGAGAGCCUAUGUGCGGAUAAAUGCAGGACCUCCCUUUCUCUCUCUCUCUUCUCGUGAUGAGGAAAGCGCUUCCAGUCACUCUUGGGCACAGUGCCAUGGAGAAGCACCAUGCAAAAGCAUCCUGAGGUUUCUCAUACCCCUGCAACGUUCUCAUAGCUCUGUCUGGAUUACCUACAUGUGGGAGGGACCUUUGUUGUUAAAUAGUGAAGGUGGUAGCACUGUAGUCCUAUAGAAAGUAAAGCCAAGACGAUUUGCAUCUUAAGUGGUCUCGUUUGGUAGGGAUCUCGCUGUUUGUCUGGUGAAAAUCAUAUUCUUUGGGUUGCGUUUGUCUUUUUGAAGCAGAACACACGGGCAAAGGUGCUGGUUUUUCGAGUGAUCAAAAUACAGACAUCCAGUACAAUUCGUCUUUUGUCUUCCUGCAGCCCAAGCUGAUUAGAAAAGUAUGCAGAAUACUUUUGUGCACAGGAAUUAUUGGGCAACUUGAAAGAGUAGAUAGUACCUCUCACUGCCCCUUAAUGAAAUGGAAAGUUACACAAAACUUUAUUCUUCUCUGACUAAUAUGCUUUGUGUUCAAAGCAUUCUGUAUGUUUAUGCUGGAAGAGUGUCAUGCAUUUUCUCAAAGUUUUGACUUCUAAUUGGCAGCUGAGAUAAAAAGGCAGUGAGCAAAGCAUAACAUCUGCAAUGUUCAAGGUAAUACAACUUGACAAAUGCAAGAUAAUUUUUUGCAGCAUGGGUGUUAUGAUAGAAGAGGUUGGAACACUCCUUAGCCUUAAGGCUGCUAUCCUGUGUAUAUUUACUUGGGUGUAAAACACACUAAAUUCAGUGAUGCUUACUUCCAAGUCAGCAUACCUAGGAUUGGCUGCAUGUGUCCUGUUUGCAGCAAAAAAGUAUCUUCUGUAACAAAGAUUUGUUUCCAUUUUAAAUGUAAUUCUUGAUUGCCUCUUUAAAAAUCUCAAAAAGGUUCUUGUCCCAGAAAAAAAAAUACUGUAAAUAAACUUGUCAUACCUUGAAUAAAUGGGUACUUUUUCUAUUAA